CGAUGGUUAGAAGUAUGGAUAGUAAGCGAUGGUUAGAAGUAUGGAUAGUAAGCGAUGGUUAGAAGCAUGGGUAGUAACCUUUUCCGUGUUUCGAAUAAACUGAGUUAGCUAGCUAAACAAGUGAAAAACCAAGAACGAAAACCACACCGUUGCUAACUAUUCUGUCUCGCGUGUUUGUGCGCCGAUCAUCUGCACGCAAAUAGCUCUUUAGCUGGGGGCGUUCAUUACGCACAGUUCGUAAUACUGAAUCUGCAACCCCUGUAAAAUAUAUUAUUUAUGUUUAUUGGGCUGAAUGUAGAUUUUCAAAAGGUCUAUGUAUCGCGUGCGGAGUUUAAACGCUCACAAAAAUACAACAGCCUUUCCUUUUUGAAUGUACUCUGUUGAGGACGUAUACACACUGGUAUUUGAACGAUGUACUCUCGUUUAUUUGGCUCGUGAAGAUGACGUUGAAACACCAUCUAUAUAAUGGCCUUCACGCGGAAUGUAGACAGAAAAGGGAGAAAGACCACCCAAUAAGUACGGAAAUGACGCCUUGGAGACAUUAUUGAGAUAUUGAACCGCAGUCAUUGUAGAUGUAUACAAGGUAUUUAUCCAGGCUCUUCUCAGCUAUGGCAGGACCCAGGCCAGUGGUGCUGAGUGGCCCGUCGGGGGCUGGGAAGAGCACGCUGCUCAAGAAGCUGCUCAAGGAGUACGAGGGCAUCUUUGGCUUCAGCGUCUCACACACAACAAGGAGCCCUCGUCCUGGUGAAGAGAAUGGUAAAGAUUACCAUUAUGUUACAAGGGAGUAUAUGCAGGCCAGCAUCAACAAAGGGGAGUUCAUUGAGAGCGCUGAGUUUUCCGGGAACAUGUACGGGACGAGCAGGGCCUCCGUGCAGGACGUCAAGGACAAGAACCUGAUCUGUGUCCUGGACAUCGACAUGCAGGGCGUUAGGGCGGUCAAGACGACAGACCUCAACCCCAUCUACAUCUUCAUCCAACCCCCGUCCAUGAGCAUCCUGGAGAAACGUUUAAGAGACCGAGAGACUGAGUCAGAGGAGAGCCUCCAGAAACGUUUGCAUGCUGCCCAGGUGGACAUGGUGAAAAGCAAAGAUCCUGGCAUAUUUGACGUUGUCAUUGUCAAUGACAGUCUUGACGAUGCCUAUGGGAAGUUGAAAGACACUCUUAUUGAGGAAAUCAAAAAAGUCCAGAAAACCAACCUGUCCUCUUAAGCGAUGAGAAGCAUGACAUCCAUCCCAGCCAUCCUGGCCACUCCUUACAAAAUGUCAGCCCCUCUAUUCCAAUCCUUAACUUUCUGUCAGAUACUGGUGUGGGAAGGAAAUCCAGACUAUAUCCCUUGCACCUAGACUUUUCAGUGUGCACUAAGAUCUAGCCUAUGUUUUUACAUAUUGGGAGGAUAUAGGUAGGUAUUAAGAUGAUUAAAAACUGUAAGUAGAAGUGGACUAUUUAGCUUUAUUUACUCAUUUGGCACAGUUUUAUUAUUUUUUUUGUCCACAAAGAAAAACACUCCAUUAAUGGUUAAACUGUGACUGAGAUGGUCCCUAAUAUGUUUUUCUUCUAUGUUUACUGCAUACAGUAGUUUCUGCCAUUUGUUUUCUUCUCUUCUGCCCAUUUAGUAGUAUUAUACCCCCAAAGCAUUAACUAUGUUCUCUCUGCUCUUCAACAACAGAAGGCCAUAAUAACAAGACUCAUUCCCACUAAUGGCAGUGUUGUAGUACUCGAGACCACAUUGAGUGUCUCGGUCUUGUCUCAGUGUUGGAUACAUUUGUACUCGGUCUUAACUCAGUCUGGGACCAGCCGAGAUCAGCAGAGUAAAACAACUACUAAUUACCAGCUUCCAUUCAGUCAGAGCAUAAAACUGCUUCUCCAGGCCAAAUAUAUACAGUCCUUUCUUGAAACAUAAAUACCUUAACAGCUUUUAUAUCUAGUAUAGACAUGUUUUCUCAGUGGUGAACCUAUAGGCCUUCAGUGUGUGUGUGUGACAGGUUAGUACAGUGGUGAACCUAUAGGCCUUCAGUGUGUGACAGGUUAGUACAGUGGUGAACCUAUAGGCCUUCAGUGUGUGACAG